AUGGCCGGACAGAGGCAGAAGAGCGAGCGGGACCGACAAAAGCCGCAGAAGCCGGUCUACAGACCCGCAAAAAAGGGUGCGCCAUUCGCGUUACGUCGAUUUGCCGUGGACACGGUUGGUUCUCCUUUUAGUCUUAGCCUCUUCCGCUGCAGGGCACAUUCACUUAACCAAUUGGUCGUGAUCACGACAAUGGCGAUGACGACGAUGACGACGAUGACGACGACGACGAUGCCGGUGGCAACAGGGAAAUGCAGUUGUGAUGGUGGCCAACCGGGCAAAAGUGCAGCGGAAAGAGAAAUUGGGCGAAUGGACAAGCGAGAAAGAAUAAAAAUAACUGAACAAAAUAGGAUUAAGUGA